ACUCAGCCACUCUCGAAUCUCGAUCUCUCUUCCUCUACUGAUUUGAAUCUCACUGUUCGCCAUGGAUGAAGAAUACGAUGUUAUAGUGCUCGGAACUGGGCUCAAAGAAUGCAUCCUCAGUGGUCUUCUCUCUGUUGGUGGCCUCAAGGUCCUGCACAUGGAUAGGAAUGACUAUUAUGGAGGGGAGUCUACUUCACUCAACCUCAUUCAGCUCUGGAAAAGGUUUAGAGGAAAUGAUAAGCCUCCUGCACAUUUGGGCUCUAGCAGGGAUUACAAUGUGGACAUGAUCCCAAAGUUCAUGAUGGCAAAUGGUAGUCUGGUUCGCGUCCUUAUUCACACUGACGUUACAAAAUAUCUGUACUUUAAGGCUGUAGAUGGUAGCUAUGUCUUCAAUAAAGGGAAGAUUCACAAGGUUCCUGCAACUGACGUGGAGGCCCUUAAGUCUCCUCUGAUGGGUAUACUUGAAAAGCGCCGUGCUCGCAAAUUCAUCAUUUAUGUUCAAGACUAUGAAGAAAAUGACCCCAAAACACACAAGGGAAUGGACCUUACGAGAGUGACAGCAAGAGAACUUAUUGCCAAAUAUGGUCUUGAUGACAACACCGUGGACUUCAUUGGUCAUGCAUUGGCACUUCACACAGAUGAUCACUACCUGGACCUACCUGCACUGGAGACGGUAAAGAGAAUGAAGCUCUAUGCGGAGUCAUUUGCACGUUUUCAAGGAGGAUCACCGUACAUUUAUCCCUUGUAUGGCUUAGGGGAGCUUCCACAGGCAUUUGCAAGACUUAGUGCUGUAUAUGGUGGAACUUACAUGCUGAACAAGCCUGAGUGCAAGGUGGAGUUCAAUGAGGAAGGAAAAGUUUUUGGUGUUACGUCAGAGGGGGAAACUGCAAGGUGCAAGAAAGUUGUUUGUGAUCCUUCCUACUUGCCCAACAAGGUUAGGAAGGUUGGAAGAGUUGCUAGGGCUAUUUGUGUUAUGAGCCACCCCAUCCCAAACACAAAUGAUUCUACUUCAGUGCAGGUCAUCCUGCCACAAAAGCAACUAGGCCGCAAAUCAGAUAUGUACCUUUUCUGUUGUUCUUAUUCACACAAUGUUGCUCCUAAGGGUAAAUUCAUUGCAUUUGUUUCUACGGAGGCAGAGACCAACAAUCCGGAGACUGAACUAAAGGCAGGAGUUGACCUUCUAGGGCCUAUUGAUGAGAUAUUCUAUGACGUUUAUGACAGAUACGAACCUGUCAAUGAACCAUCUCUGGACAAUUGUUUUAUAUCAACAAGUUAUGAUGCCACAACACACUUCGAGUCUACUGUUAUGAAUGUACUCAACAUGUAUACCAUGAUCACUGGGAAGGUUCUGGACCUCGGUGUGGAUUUAAGUGCUGCAAGUGCCGCUGAAGAAUGAGAAAAUCGUCAUUCAGCAGAAUGUUUGGUAUCUUCAGUUGGCUUUUGUGAUGUUUUACAAGGUCAUGCUGUUGGUGAAAAUGAACAAGACUGAAGUGGGUUAAAUCUACUGUUAAGUUGAUUUUUCGAGCACCGAUAAUAUCAGACUUGAUCAUAUGGCUUUAUGCAUGUAAUGGUGAUGUGUAUAUCAUGAGCAUUUGUCAUG